AUGCUCGUUCCGUCCGUUAAGACCAUCGUCACCCUUGGUGUUGCUUUCUAUGCCACCGUCUCACUUGCGGUUCCCAACGUCCAAAUGGGGGCUGACAUUCAAGACUUGUCCGAGAGGAGCGAGGCUCUUGAACCGCCCAAGUUUGAUGUAGUUGCUGGACUCGGCGAUACCAUCGAGGCCCGUGGUGGUGGUGGUGGUGGCAAGCCACCUCCUCGCCGCCCCAAUAACAACAACAACAACAAUAACCGAAGGCCCAACGGAAGACCGAACGGGAGACCCAACGGAAGGCCCAGACGCCCCCCAAAAUAA